CUCUCAUCACUGCUCCAGUACGUUGACCAUGUCCUCAUGCGCGACGAGGACUGUCACAACCGUCCACCCUACGUCACACAAGCAUGCGUAAGCUGCAACAUGCAAUGGGACAAAGCCGGCACCCGAUCGAUAUUCCUGCCCUUGUCACCAUGCAACCACUGGAUCCACUAUCGAUGCCUUGUUUGGCUCGCCACAAGCGACGGUCCGCACAAAAACAAGUGCCCCAUAUGCAACAAGCAGCUCUUCGAGUGGGACGGAAUCAGUGCCUUGACGCUCGCCACACGCACGAGCCUACCCAUGGGCAAUGAACAGACUGUCACACUUCUCUCAGUCACUUCUGACAGGACCGAUUACGAACAGGAGUGCCAGCUUAUCGACAACAUCAUCACUUGUCGCUUUUUCAAGGAGCUCGUGAAACCAAGCGGCUUCUCUGACAAUUCUCCGGAUCUGGUGCAAUGCUUCAAUGAUGUGCUUAAUGAUCUCAGAUUAAUGGGUCGACCGCAGUCGAAGUGGCUGAAGUGGAGUACCACCACUGGGUCGCUUCUGUUUGGUAUGUUGGUUGCGAUUAAGAUGAGGAGGUUCCUGGUGGAGGCCCAUGGGAGGAUUAGGCAGACAGAAGCAUGGAUUGCCUGGGAGAAUGGGUGUCGGUCGCUGCAAGGGAGGAUCUUGAAGGAAGUGCAU